AUGGCCCCUACUCCCCAAGACCAACCUGCGCAGGGGGUGCGCUUCGCCGAUGUCCACCAGGAAAUCGAACCCGAAGCUGCCCUGCAGCACGUCUCCACGUUGACGGGCAGCUCUGAAAAGGAUACCAAGCAACCUCUGAGUCCUGAGGCCGAACAGGAGCUCCGCAAUCUGUCUCACACCAUACAGGCAUCUCGAUGUCAAGCUAAGCGCAUGGAGAACUUCUCGUUUGAGCCCGUCUCACUCCCAGCCUCAAGGGCACCCUCUCCAUCGCCAGCGUCGCGCACCCCCUCUGGGCAUUCUGCUCUCCGAGGCUCAAUCGGUUCACGUCCAUCACCACCAGCCUCCGCCAUGCAUUCACCACCGCUGACCCCAGCAGGCACCUCUUCACACGAUGGAAAGGGCGGCUCUGCUGGAGAUCAGAAGAGGGGACGUUCCGACCCAGCCAUGAUGACUCCACAAAUCUCACCUCCUCAUGAACCCCCACCGACCUCCAUGGAUACCGUACACAGUGGCAGCAGACCUCAAUCCGUCGUCGUCGACCGUUCUCCCAAAGAAUCUCCGCAACCCUCACCACGGCACACCUCUGAGUCGGAUAUGCAAGGUGUUAUCGGUGCACAUCCAAGGCAUCCCCCAUCGUUUUCUGUUGGACCUGCAGGCGACUCACUACCGCCAUCCAGAGAUGUAAGUCCUUCCGGAUCGACCGGAGUGCGAACGCCAGGACAGUAUGCAUCAGGAACAACGACCCCAACGUACAGCCGACCAUUCACGCCAUCCGGUGACAAAGACGACCCAUAUUCUCGAUCUAAACGGCCUCCCCAGCCUAAAAAUCUCGAUGCACUAGACGCCAGAUUCAUCUUCGGUGGUCGUGAUCAUAGGCGACAUUUCGGAAACUCGUCGAACAUGUCUCUUCCUCGCUCUAAGGGAACCAGCUCAGAGACAUCUUCAAUGAAAGACGAGAAGAGGGCGGCUUUAGCUGCGGCGGGUAAAAAUCAAAGUGGUUCAGGGGAUGACAGUGAUGUGCGUACCGGGAUUGGAAAGCAGCAUCAUCACGGAUCCAUGUCGGAAUUAAAGCGAUUUUUCAAGAUUGGCGGAAAACACAAAGAUAGCCACAAACACAAGGAGAAGAGGACGUCGUCCCCUGCACCUUCUAUCUUGGGAGGCAAGUCAAAGAAGUCUGGCGCAAUGACUCCACCGCUUACGCAGGGGUCUGUGAGCGUUCCAUUUGCCGACGACCACGGUCUGGAAAACAAGUAUGGCAAAUUCGGAAAAGUGCUGGGUUCCGGUGCAGGUGGUUCUGUUCGUCUUAUGAAGCGGAGCAGUGAUGGUGUGACCUUUGCUGUGAAGCAAUUCAGAGCUCGUCAUUCGUACGAGACUGAACGUGACUACAACAAGAAGGUUACAGCGGAAUUCUGCAUUGGCAGUACGCUUCAUCAUGGCAACAUCAUUGAGACAAUGGAUCUCGUAAGUGAGAAGGGCAACUUCUACGUUGUCAUGGAGUACGCGCCAUUCGACCUGUUUGCAAUAGUAAUGACAGGGAAAAUGAGCCGAGAAGAGAUCAGUUGUUGUACUCUUCAAAUCCUCAGUGGUGUGAAUUACCUUCACAGCAUGGGCUUGGCGCACAGAGAUCUAAAGCUCGACAACGUGGUGGUGAACGAGCACGGAAUCAUGAAGAUCAUCGAUUUCGGUAGUGCUACGGUGUUCCGUUAUCCGUUUGAGAACGAGAUUGUUCUCGCAAGUGGCAUUGUUGGUUCAGACCCAUAUCUAGCCCCAGAGGUGUACGACUUGUCUAAAUAUGACCCGCAGCCUACGGAUGUGUGGUCGCUUGCAAUUAUCUUCUGUUGUAUGACAUUACGAAGGUUUCCUUGGAAAGCACCACGUGUGUCGGAUAACUCGUACAAGCUCUUCAUCUCUCCUCCGAACGAUGGCCCGAAGUCGAUAACGGGCGUUCAUCCGGAAGUGCACUCGGAACCAGCAUCUCGAUUACCAUCCGAAUCAGCCACGAGCCAUCAUCAGAAUCGCAAAGAGACUGCCCGUUCCGAUGCUGGAUCCGACAAACGCCCUACGAGUGGAUCCGGGGCGACUGCAGAGAAGCAGCAACCUCAAGUGAUCAAGGGCCCGUGGCGAUUGCUACGCCUAUUGCCUAGGGAGAGCAGACACAUCAUUGGCAGAAUGCUGGAACUCGAUCCCAAGAAGCGUGCCACUUUGGAGGAGAUCUUGCAAGACAAGUGGGUGACCGGCAGCCAGAUCUGCUCCCAAGAGGAGGGUGGGAAGAUCCACAGGGCCGAAAACCACGAACAUACGCUCGAGCCCGGCGCAGGAGCCGCGCCUGCUCCUGCUACGAAGAAGUAG